ACGGGGCUCUCAGUCGGGCCCGAGCGAGCCGCCCCCUCAGCGGGGAGCGGGGCCGGAUCUCCACCCUCCGGCCUGUGCCCGCCGCUCCGUCCCGUCCAGACCGUGACGUGUCAGCGGGGCUGGGCCUUGGGGGCUCCCGCGGAGCGGGGGAGGCCCCCGAGCCUGUGUCUGCGCCGGGCUGGCCCAGGCCGGGCUCCAGGCUGCCUCACGGGCGGAUAACGUGUCUCUGUCAGCGUUUUAUUUGGGCGGUUACAUUUUCCUGGCGCGCGGGGGUGGGGUGUGAGGCGAGAAUUAUGGCGUGGCAGUGGCAGUUGGGAUUCAAAAAAGGGAGCGCUCUGAAACACAAACUGUCCCCGUAGCUUGUCACACGUACAAAGUAAAGAGCCUUCAAUCAAACGCUCCUAAGUUCUCAAGCAGCAGUUUUCUUACGUUGCUUCUCUGGUGAAUAAACAAAGGAGAAAUGAAUGCCAUUUGCAGCUUAAAGAUAGCUGGUAGGAACUGCAUUUUAUUUCGUUUAACUUCUUUGGCCAGUCAGGCAAAGUGCAAUAAGCUUUAUAAGUCUUCAGUUGAAGCUUUGAAUGGACAUCACCAGAUUCAAAUAAAUCGGAUAGUGGAUAAAUGCCAGCGAAUAAAUACAAGCAGCAACACCAGCUAUUAUUUUAUGAUUGGAAGCUCUAACUUCUACAGAAAAUGUAUUAAUAAAAGCCAAAGAUGUUUUUUGAAUGCCAAGAAUAUAAAAGUGUGCACAAACAUACACAGUAGCUGUAGAAGUUCUUGUUUCCUGGCCUCUCAGCCGUUAGUGGAAGAGUUUGCAUUAUUCCGAAGUCUUGCUCCAGUGCAGUCCCCAGAUCGCAUUCCUGCUUGGGAUGUUCAGAUCAUCAGGCUUUUUCACACAUCAUCAUCAUUUCAGGCUGCUCCAGUGCCUCUAUUGUGGAUUAUUCUUAAACCGGCUCAGAAGUUAGUUGCUAUCAUUCUUGGAAGGAGCAUCAGAAAAUGGUGGAGGGCACUGCCUCCUAACAAGCGGGAACUUUUUAAAGAAAGUGCGAGAAAAAACAAAUGGAAGAUAGUUGUGGGUCUGUGUAGCUUGGCGGUUUUAUUUAUUAUAUUUUAUUUUACUCACUUGGAGGAAACACCAAUCACUGGGCGUGCUCGACUGUUGGUAUUCGGGAAGGAACAUUUUAGGAUAUUGUCACAAAUGGAGUAUGAUAUGUGGACGGAACAGUUUAAAAAUCAGAUGUUAUCCGAGACAGACCCUCGCUAUCAGGUAGUGAAAAAAGUUAUUGGUCAUUUAUCUGAAAGCAACCAGGACAUCCCGCAGAUCUCGGAGUUCAAGUGGGCUAUCCAUGUGGUGGAAGAACCAGGCAUAAAUGCUUUUGUACUUCCAAAUGGCCAAGUAUUUGUUUUCACUGGUUUGCUAAAUGUGGUGUCAGAUAUUCACCAGCUCUAUUUCAUUUUGGGACAUGAAAUAGCUCAUGCUGUAUUGGGACAUGCAGCAGAGAAAGCCAGUCUGGUACAUUUCUUGGAUUUCCUGUCGCUUAUCUUGCUCACUAUGAUUUGGGCAGUCUGUCCUCGAGAUAGUUUGGCAAUUGUAGGCCAGUUGAUCCAGAGUAAGUUGCAGGAGUUUAUAUUUGAUAGGCCAUAUAACAGGACAUUGGAGGCUGAAGCUGACAAAGUUGGACUUCAGUUUGCUGCAAAGGCUUGUGUGGAUGUAAGAGCAAGCACUGUGUUUUGGCAGCAGAUGGAAUUAGUAGAGACCAUUCAAGGGCAGCUUAAAUUACCAGAAUGGCUCUCCACACACCCUUCUCAUGAAAACAGAGCUGAACACUUGGACCGGCUUAUUCCAGAGGCACUUAAAAUAAGAGAGAGCUGCAAUUGCCCCUCUCUUCCUGGACCAGACCCUCGCCUCAUUUUCAAACGUAGCAUGCAGCAUCUUCUGGAAACAUCUAAGGAUAAAGAAGGCCAGAAUGCUACUGAGCAUGAUCUUGCAAAGCCAAAAGUGGACUUUCCUUCUGUUCAAAAGGAGGAAAAGAUUCCGAUAACUCUUGCAGUUAAAAAGGAAUCAACGAGCUGAGGGGAAAAACAUUCCCCUGAAAAACUUUACAAACAGUUCACUGAACAGAUUUUUUUUCCCUGCAAGCCUUUUGAUCCUUUUGGAAUGAUAAAAUGGACAGACAGCUACAAAUCAUGUUUGUACCUCCAUGGUGCCAAAAAUCUAUUGAGGGGAAACUUGUUUCUCUGUAUUACAACGUAGAUCAAGCCACCAGUAUUCUGUGUUCUCGAACUUCUGGUGAUCUCCCACUCAGUGCAAUGAGGAACUCUCCCCACAUACAGAGAGCGGUGUAUUGGAGUUGAGACUUUUAUUCAAGAAGGGAUGCCAAACAUAAAUCACUUCAGUUGGAGGGCAAAAAUCUCUGUACAAUCCAUUCACACCAAUAGAAAAGAAGCAAUAAAAUGGCCAGUGGGCUGUACAUACAUCCACCCAAUUGGAUUGUUUUCUGCUGGGAUUUUUCUUAUUAAAUAUCUUUUAAAGGCACUUUAGAGUAUGGGCUGUUUCAGCAUUUCACUUCAAAGUAAUCCAAAAGGGUUGUGCAGAAUUAUAUUUAAAAGUGAAGUCAGAAAACAUACAAGGGAACCUUUUUCCUUUUAAAAAUCGGUAAGAACUGUCACUUGUAGCACUGGGAUAUUUUGCAAGUGAUUGCUUUAAAUGGUGUCUCGUUAAUAGAGCAAGAUGCUUCUUCAACAGGCAGAUUUGCUUCAGAGGCAGUUGGUCUGGACAGAUCAGCGCUUGAAUAUUAGUGAUUGGUGCUCUAUAAAUACAUUAGGUGGUCAGACCUUAUAGAGAGAGAGAAUCAUAGAAUAUCAGGGUUGGAAGGGACCUCAGGAGAUCAUCUAGUCCAACCCUCUGCUCAAAGUAGAACCAAUCCCCAGACAGAUUUUUGCUUAUGAAGCUUCUAAGCUAUACAGAUGAUGCAUCCUACUUCAAAAGUUUUUGUCCUUAGGAAACUGCCAUCUAAUGCUAGUUUACAAGUCUGCCUCUCAAGUCUGUCCCUCUUACAGGGGAGAUGAUUACUUGGAGUUGCCGGGGGAGGAAUGGAUGAUGCGUGUAGUUCCCAGUGCAAGGCCUUGGUUGGAGUUGAUCAGGUAAAGAAGGAAACUUGAAGGAGAUGCCUCCAAAAGGAAGCUUGGGAAGAUAUGUGAGACUAUGCCUCUGCCCCAUUGUACAGUGAGCUUCUCAGAUUGAAUAGAGGGAUGUGACCUCUUCCCCCUCAUUGGCACACCUACUUGGGCAUCCCUAACGCCAAAUGUGAUUUGAGGAGCCCCUCAUCAGGGUUUAUAUAGGUGGAAGGCAGAAGAUUUCUCUGUUCCUUCAACUCAUGUACAUUUGGGGAGCCAAUCUUCCUUCGUUUCCUUGCCAGCCGGGGGUUAAACUAGCAGGCUUGCAGCCUCAUUUGAUGAGGUUGGGAAAAGGUCCAGAACCAGAUAGAGCUUUGUAAUAUGAAGCUAAGAAUCCCUUCCCCAGGAAGCUCCCUGCUACAAAUUUAUUUUAUUCUUUGUCCUCUCACGAUGGACUGACCUUUCCUCCCUUUAGCUAGGGCUUCCAUGAAGCACAGCCAGCACAUCAUGUUUAUUUUCAGCUGGUUGAUAGGCUCUUAGUUUCCAAUUCAUGAAAAUAUAGUGUGCUAGUCUUACUGGACUAAAAGAAUGAUACAGUGAACAGAAGAGGAAGAAAUCCCUUUCUUGUAUUGAUUUGAAAUGCAUGAUCUAACUACAGUAUGUAUUAUUUUGGGAUCUGUUUUUUAUUAAAGUUCAAGAAGAAAAUUAUUGAUGCUUUCCUACGUGGUAAGAGGGAAAAGUGCAGGAUUUUAUUAAGAUGUUUGACAAUGUGCAUCACAUCAUGGUACAGAUGGCAUUUGAAUGAUCCUGUUCAUUAUAAAGUGGAGAACUGUGAAAUUUUUGAAUGCAUCACACACAGCACAAUUUCUUUUCCUUUUAAUUUCGUUUGAAUGCAAACUUUUUUGAAAAGACCAUAUUCAGCAUUGGUUUGUAGGCACAGAGUCUGAAAAAGAGUUUGAACAAUAGUUUAUUUGCUGACUUAACCCAAAGAACUUGGGUCCUUCGAGCCAUCUAACAUUUCUGUUUGGGGGUGAAGUGGCUGUACGUGCAAGGUUGACUGUGUUGAUGUUUUCCAGGCCAGAUUAUAUAUUUUUAGAUUGCGUAUUACUUGCAAGCUAUUUUUAAAUUUGUAUGCAAGACGCCACUGGCGCCAGGCAGAAGGUCCAGCCUGACCAUUAUCCAUCCAUCCAUUAUUUUUAUUCUUAGUGACAGGAGUUUAUGUAACAGACGUUCAGCAAUGUGUUAAGGCGUUUGGACACUGUCACCUGAAGGUAAACAGAAAAGCACACCAUUUAAAUUUCCCUGUGGAUUUUAUAAUUUAAACCAUAUAGUCAAGACCCCCAUGUUUCUUCCCUCCCACCCCAGUGUCAAAGCUUAUUUUGUUAUCCAGUCCUUCUGGUUGACAUAAAACAUGAUUUUAUGUCAGAGAAGAUGAGGGAGAACCUAGAGAACUUUUUUAUAGAGUUCAUGCAUUUUUAAAUAUAAAUUUAUAGUAAAUAAACUACAGAAAUAUCAUACUUAUACUUUAUUAGUCCAUUUUAGGUGGCUUAAGUGUUAUGUUGGUGAAUGUUUGAGAUACAAAUACUGGUAUUCAAUAAGUAAGAGUUCUUUAAAUUCCAGUGUAUAAUGCCUUGCUUAUCAUAUAAAGAUGAGCCUGAACCAGCCUCUGAAUUUGAGGUGUUCAAAAUCUAGAUCUGUAUUUUGCACAUUGAUCUUAUUCUAAUACUUUGUCGAGUGCUUUUAAAAGACUUCUUCUUUCAUUUUUGCAUAAAGAAUUAGGAUACCCAAAGCCUGCGUCUCUUGAGUCUGCCUCUUGUUAGCCUUGUGUGUCUAAGUGCUUUUUAAAACCUAUACACUGCAUUUGCCUAAGCCCCUAUAGAAUUUUUGUUUAAAUAUUUAAAAAUACUUUCUUGCCCAUACAGAAAAUAGAUGAAAUUAAAAGAUGUUAUUUUCCAAAGGUCUGAGAGCCUUGAGCAAAAUCUACACUGGCCCUUUUCUUUUAUUUGUUAAAGAAACUGUAAUUCUAAAUCCUUGUGGAGUUAAUUUUAAAAUAUACUUCCACUAGGAAAAAUAUUGCAAGUACCAACUUCUAACUAGCUGUAAAACUCUUGUGCUGCAAUUGGAUAGUUUAGUGGACUCCAGUGAAAGAAAGAAGUUGGAAUUAAAGUGAAAGGAACUCAGUACUGAAAGAUGAAUGUUGUCACAGGAGGGAGAGUGUACCAUGUAAAAUUAAGACAAAUUGGUAAAAAUGUUUCUGCCUUCUACUGCCAGUGCUGCAUGCUGUGCUUCACAGCUUCUUAUGGAAAGAUUAAGUCCACAGUACACACAAUACUAAAUUUAUUAUGCAUUUAUCUUACCAGGAGCGUUGAGAAAUUUGACAAGCAGGAGACAUGCACAAAAGUCAGUCUUACAAGAAGCCAUUUUUAUUGUAACUUUUUAUUUUGUCACGUUUGGCAUCUUGUUUUAAAAUAAUACCUAUUGUGAUGUGAAAUAUUUAUAAAUGCUGAGAAACCAAAGUAAAGUACUUGUUAAAAA